UUCUCGCUUGCGUCGAUCUGUUUCUCACUUCGCCCACCGUCUCCUCGCCGCGGCAACCUCUCCCCCGCCCUAGCCCUCGCCUACCUCGCCGGCCGGCCGGAACCCUAACAGUUAAAGUGGCGGAGGCCCCACUAGUCUAUGCCCCUUAGCCCUCUUGCCGGCGCGCAGAGCUUGAAGUCGGGAGAGAAGGAUGGAGUCGGAGGUUGUGAGGACGGAGAUGGUGCUGGCGCUGACGCUUCCGUUCAAGAAGGUGCAGACGGCGGACAAAUACCCCAAGGGCCAGUCCCGUGGGCGGCAAUGGAAGCACCUCCGCCACCUCCUCCAGGCCACCGACGCCUCCUCCAUGCCCCCCGACCGCCCCAACUAUUUGAACAUUCAGACGCCCCCAUCCAUUUAUCCACCAAAGAGAUACUGUGACAUAACAGGUUUUGAGGCGCCAUAUGUUGAUCCGAGGACAAAGCUGUGUUACUCUGAUCCAGAGGUGUUCAGGCAGAUCAGAAUGCUUCCUGAUGAUUAUGUCCAAAGAUAUCUGGCCUUGAGAAACGCAGCAGUUAUACUGAGAUAGCAAUCUCUGCCAGGCAAUAUCUGUGUUGAAGCAAAAUACAAUCUGUUCACUUUAACAGUAUUGAACGUUUGAUGAAUAUUCUGACUGUAUACGGACUUAGCUCUAGAAUCCUGAUUGUUUCAAAGAGAUGUUUUCCGCUCUUGUAUAUUGGUGCUUGUUCCUUUGUGGUUAGAGACGUUCUUUUGUGUGGUUCGUAUACUGACGUCAGAGAACUGAUGUUUAAAUACGUUCUUGUAUGCUGUAGGCGGAAUCAUUCAUCCGAACAUGGUGUGUCUUAUGACAAGCAUACUAAAUUUGGCUA